AUAAGCAGCCACAUCUAGAUAGACACCGCUUAUCACGUGCCUUUCUUUUUUACAUUUUUUUUUUCCUCCUUAUUUUUUCCACCAAAUUACCAAAAGUUGGUGGAACUUUGGCCCUCACUCCGGAUCCGUGUUGUCCACUGUGAAUAACGUGGAGAGCGCGCGAUGAGGUCAGUGGGCUGAAGCCCCGUCGGCUAACAGGUGGAUUUGAGUUAUAUUUCAUUAAGGCACCUGAAGCCAGAGCAUGCCACCCCCGCCGCCGCCUCCACCUCUGCCUCCACCUCUGCCUCCACCUCCACUGGCCCCCCCUCCUCCUCCUCCUCCUCCUCCUCCUCCGCCGCCAAGCGCUGCCCUGCCGCCGUGUCCGUCGGAGCCUCUCAAGCUCCAGCCUGGAGGAGGAGGAGGAGGAGGAGGAGGAAGGAAUGCCCUGUUGGCUGACAUCCAGAAAGGAGCCAGGCUGAAGAAAGUCACACAGGCCAACGACCGCAGUGCCCCCUCCGUCGACAAGGUCAAGGCUAGCGGUGGAGACGUAUCCAGCGGCGGUGCUGCUUCUCAGGGCUCAUCAGGAGGGCCGGCACCCAUGGCACCCUCCUUGGGGGGGCUUUUUGCCGGAGGCUUCCCUACUCUCAGGCCCACAGGGCAAAGAGACCUAGCAGGCAAGGCCUCAGUGUCCCGAUCGAGCUCCUCGGCCUCCAUGAGGCCUCUGUGGAACCCCCCCCCACCCGCAGACACCAGCAUCGUCUCCGAGACCCACAGGGCGGCGGAGCUCCGAGGCUCCGUUCACCGCCCGCCCCCCCCCUCCUCGUCUGCACCGGCCUCCCCCUCCCACAGCGGCAGGCAACCACCUCCUUUCCCCGCCUCCUCUCCCCCGCCCCCGCCGCCGCCUCCGCCCGCCCCUCCCUCCGCUCCUCCCCCGCCUCCGCCCGCCCCUCCCUCCGCUCCUCCCCCGCCUCCCCCGCCCCAGGCCUUCCCGGAGCGAGCGGCCGGCAGGCCCCCGCCUCUCCCCUCCUGCCCUCCUCCCCCACCCCCGUACCAAGUGACCAAGCCCACCUGGCUCCCCAUCCAGCACUCCUACCACGCCCUCGUCUUCCAGCCCUCCACUCCUCCGCCUCCACCGCCUGUCCAGUCCCCCUUUGCCGUUGCCGGGGACCGCAAAUCGGGCUGUUUCUACCCUCUGCCCCCCUCCCCGGUCCACUCCGAACCGUCCAGGUUCUCCGUCGCGCUGGACAGCCCCCUGGGACCUCCUCCCCCGCCUCCCGCUCCACCUCUGCCAGCAUCUUUCACCCCCAGCUGCCCGUCCACCCUCCCACCUCCCCCGCCCAAGUUGGCAGCAGUCCCCUCCCCGGCCAUGCGCUCCCUGCCUCCCUCGUACCCCUGCAACGCUCCGACCCGGCGUCCGCCUGCUGUGCCCAGAGGCGCCGGUGUGGGUCGGCUGGCUCCCCCUCCAGCUCCCCCUUCACGUUCCCCCUCUACGGAGCUGACCUGCCGCAUUCCUCCCCCUCCACCCCCACCCCCGCUGCCUCCGUUAAGUCUCAGGAAUGGACACCUGCACAGCCUGGCAGACAAUUUUGAAUCCAAGUUCCAGUUCCACCCCGUAGAGGACUUCCCCCCCCCUGACGAGUUCAAGCCUUUUCCUCGAAUCUACCCCAGCAAGGAAAACAGAGGUAGCAGCACCAACCUCAAACCUGCUGGGAAUAGGACACACCUCAGAUGAGUCCUAGCGCCCCCCCCCCCCCCCCACACACACACACACACAAACACACAAAUCAGGCAGAAAGACUCAACCCUCCUCUUCCUCGUGACAACAACAUCACUGUCAUGUGCUUUUUGGUGGCAGUCUCUGUGUGUUGUUUGUGUUCAGUGGGUGUUUGUCCCGCCUCAUAAACUGACCUCUGACCUUUUCCAGUGUGGAAUGUUUUGAAUGUGUGUGAGGAGGAGGGCUCUACAUAGUCACAGUUAUUUUUAACAUGGCUCUUGACACCGUUGAUAAGCAUUUCAAAUAACAUUUUUUAUUAUUUUAAUUUUAAUAUAUUUCCCUUUAUAUAUUAGCACUUUUUAAAGUCUGAAACAUUGUAGAACCCACAGAUUGUAAAGAUUGUGGUCCAGCAGCAACUAAGUCGACCCGUAAGUGAACGUGAACACUUCAAAGUGUUCGUACAGUGGUGCUCUCCUGUGUUUGUGUUAUUACUUUUAUGAGAAACAAAUGAAUCUUUAAAAGUGUUGAACAUAAUAUAGUGACACUCGGGAGUAUGCAGGAGUUUUAAGUUACACUGAGGGGUUUUAAAUACUUAAUGAAGGUUUCCUUUCCUUCUGUAUUAACAAGUACUAACACCUGUGAAGACGGUGCCCCCUGCUGGUUCAAUGUUUACAGUAUUACAAGGUGUGACAAAUAAACCAGUGUUUUUGUUAAGGAUGUUUAUUGA